AUGGCGGCCGCCAGGUGCCUGCGCUGGGGCCUGCCACGAGCCGGAACUUGGCUGUUCCCGCCGCCCGCACGCUGUCCCCGCCGGGCUCUGCACAAGCAGGUAGACGGCACCGAGUUCCAGAGCAUCUACAGCCUGGACAAACUCUACCCCGACUCCAAGGGUUCCGACACCGCCUGGAGGGUCCCGGGUGAUUUGAAACAAGCCAUCAAUGACAUCCCUCUAGACCGCCUGACCAUAUCUUACUGUCGGAGCAGCGGGCCCGGGGGUCAGAACGUUAACAAAGUGAAUUCCAAGGCAGAGGUCAGGUUCCACUUGGCAUCUGCUGACUGGAUGGCAGAGCCCGUGCGGCAGAAGAUCGCUGUCAGGCAUAAAAAUAAGAUCAACCGAGCAGGAGAGUUGAUAGUCACCUCUGAAAGCAGCCGCUUUCAAUUCCGCAAUCUAGCAGACUGCCUACAGAAAAUUCGAGAUAUGAUCGCUGAGGCCAGCCAGACACCCAAGGAGCCAUCCAGAGAAGAUGCUCAAAUCCAGAGAAUUAGAAAACAUGAAUCGGGAAAGGCUGAGACAAAAGAGAAUCAGUUCCGCCAUAAAGACAAGCAGGAGGGUAGAUGUGGAUUGACAUCACCCGCAGCAGUAAAGACCAGUGCUUGGGACGUCGCAGUAACACCACAAAGAAGAUGGCUCUGUUUCAUUUGUCUGUGGCGAAUGAUUGUGCACUGACUCCGUACAAGCACCAUCCGUGGUCCCUAGGCAGUGUCAUUGUUCUUCCCGUCCCCCAACAUUGUUGGCCCCAGUAAACUCCCCAGCUUGCUGGGCUCCACUCCCCAUUCA